CCCCGAGAUCCCGCGAGACUCACGGUUGCUAUAGAAGCGUCACCAACAUCCGCGGUAUUUUGAGACCAGCAGCUGUCAGAAAUCUAAACAGUGCAAUGGCUGCAAGAGAAAUGAUGUCUAACAGGGAUCCUUAUUCCUUCCCUCGGAAUCAAAAUGACGACAACUUCAUGGGUCAACUUAGAGCUGAGAUCGAAGGAUACCAGAAACCAACCCAUCUAGCCCAGAAUGAUGAUCCCUGGAACAGACUCAAUAGCACCUGUACUCUAGCUUCAUCACGCCGCGAGAUAUAUCACAAUGAUCCUGUAGCUCCAAGGGAUAGUUUGGACUUUAUUUUAAAAUCCAGAUACGAUCAUCAUCAAGCAUUCUUGAAAGACCACAAUGAGACCCUAUACCAACCAGAAACAGUUGGAAAUGAGCAUGGGCGUGUAUUGAAGAAUCGUGAAAAGGAAGUGAUUAAACCCUGUGCCUUACCUAAAUCAUCCCUCUCUAUCUCCGCUCAGAAGAAGAAGGAGAGCAUUCAUUCAAUAGAAAAUGCAAUAGAAAGUCCUCACAGUGCUGGAACCAAUGGCGGAUAUUCACGGAAACACGAUGGUGGAUUUUAUUGCACAUAAGAGUCAAAUAGCCUGUUUCUCAUGUGCUUUUAAUGUGCAGAGGAAAUAUAUCAGACUGUCCUGGAAAAAAAUCAACAACACUUGGACAAUAUUCAGUCUUGUAUGAACUUUCAAAAUGGAAAGACAUCUUGGAUAUUACAUUGGAGGAUUCAAAUGUUAAAUUAUGAAAUAAUUUCUUGUAUACCAUUUUGAAGUCACAUGUUAAAAUUUUCCAAACCACUUAUAUAUAUAUAUAUAUUCUUAAUAUUGUUUGCAAAAAAACUUAUUUUGAUAAUGCCUUUUAUGCAAUGAUUUUAUUUAUAUAAAUACAUUUCAGGUUUGUUUUGAAAUAUGAUAAAAUUAUGUAUACUAAUUUAUAUAUAUAUAUAUAUUAUUAUAGGUAAAACGUCUGUGAUAGAAAAUGUCUGUAUUAAGUUUUGGGUAUUAAUGUAUGUUCAUUGUGUAACUAACACCUAUGACAAAACAUUUGAUAGGAACAAAGAAUUUGAAUAUCAACCAAAGUUUAUGCAAAAUAAUUUGUUUUCCAAAAUGAAUUCCUAAUCAAUUUUGCCUGUACAUUUUGUUAAAGUUGAGUUAUAAGAUAUGAAUUUAAAACAGGUUGUAUGUCAAGUUCAUAAUCAUAAUUCAUUGUAGCGUCUAAGAGGGAUAUUGUCAUCAUGUUAAGUUUCAUAUUCAAUGUAAUAAAUAUAUGAACUUUUUCUUG